AAGGCCGAAGGGACAUGACAUUCAACGCAUUUGUAGCACUGAGUUGGGAAAGAAAAGAUUUAGUAGCGCCCGCCCGCCCUGCCGUGUCGUCGUGCAAACCCUCGUCUUCAUCUUCCUCCAAUUUUCAUCAUCAAAACUUAACCAACAACUCCAUUGAUAAAAUGGCUUGGCGCUCAUCUGGAUCUUUAUCUCGCUCCCUCAUUUCCACCCUUAGGCCUUCUUCUCUCCGAUCAACCCCUUCUCUUCCUCGCCUCCGCCCCCCACCUCUCCCCUCUCGUCCUGGCCUUCAAUCUCGUCGCUUUUCUUUUUCCCCUUCCAGGAACUUGGGAGAACUGGGAUGCACACAUUCUCUUCUGCCCAUGCUGGGUACUACCUGCUUGACAUCCCACCUAUGUGUUGACGUGCGGGCUUUUUGCGAGCUGUCUCAUGGUACCUUCUACCGUACUUGUCAGGAUCGCUAGUAUCCUCUUUGUACUUGAGUGAUCUCCGGUAGAUGCACACAUGUGAGCAAUUCUAUGUGGGGUGAAGUUGAGUAGAGAGAGAGGGAGUUUCUGGUAACUUUAUUAGGUAGGCGAUGUAAUAAAACAAUUUCAAGUUGUUCAAGGCUUCAGUUUGCCAACGGAUUCCUAAAAUUAUCAAUUUUUUUAUGAUUACUGACCUGGUUUAUUUCUUCUAGGCCUGAAUUUUGUGUUUAUUCUUUCAUAGCAGUUACUGGAUUUACAAUUAUGUUAUGAAAUUUUUCUUUCCAUUACCUUUCCUGUACCUUCAACUCGAGGAUUAUCGAUUUGGACACAGAUCAACAGGGAGAAAUAAUACCUCAUUCUUAGAAGAUGAAGUUUGCAAUAUGAAUGUGUCAACACUUCAUUGAUA